AUGACCCAAGCAAGUACUAGACUCAAGAAGGAGAGCAGCGUCCGACGUUUCAGGGCUACGCUGGCGAGUGCCGGGACGACGACGUCCUUACCAGUCGGAAAAAGGCUGAGCUGCCCCAAACUGUCCUCCCAACAGUCUUCACGCGCUCCACGAGGCGGCGUUCCGAGUGCAGCGUGUGAAGACUCCGUUGGUUGUGCCCGAAUACAUCCGUCAGACGCAGUGCAGGCAUUUCAUCGUGCCUACGGAACACCACACGAAAGGAGUUCCGGGCGCAGACACAGUUGCUCUAUUUGGCUGCUGGGCCGUCUGCAAUCUUCGCCGUUCUAUGCGUCACGGUCAACAAGAACGACCGUCGGCGCCAUGAAUUUUAAUCUCUCUGGCGGGUUCCACCCGUGGUUCGCUGUCCGCGUCGCUGCACACGAACUCGUGCAUGUGCUUGGGUUCGGCUACCAACAGAUGGAGGUGAAGAGUGUGGUGCGCGCUCUCACCACUGGGGGGCUAUGCGGCAAAGUUGGGGACGGUGAUCUCCACGCUCACAAAGAAGAAGGCGCAGGAGCACUUAAACGGCAGCAGCCUUGA